AAACCAAAAAAACUUCUAGCAGCUGAGCUGACGGCUGUGGCGGUUGUUGGCUCUGGGGAAGUGGGACGCAGUUUUAUAUUUUUAACAGGAACUUCUAUAACAAUAAAAAUAAUAUAAUAUAAUAUCUGUGAGUCUUCAGGGGAAGUUCCGAAGUACCGUGGAUGACAGGAGAGCACAUCUUGCUAGCUGAUUAAAGAUUAGCCGCAUAACAUGGCUAGACACGUGACCCCCAGACACAAGGUGGUGUCCUCAGGCAGGUUGACAGGAUCUGGCCGAGGACAGAUGACCAGGAAAAAGGUUGUUGGAAGACCUCUACAUCUUGACCCUUCAUAUUCUCUCUACUCCACAGAUUCAGAAGAUCAGGUCACAACCAUAAACAAAGGCCUGGAUCGAUGUGCGGCUUUGCUCAGUGACAUGCUUCAAGCUGAAAAAUCAGAACCUAAGAUGAUGUCACAAACCUCAAAACCUUCUAAAAAGAAAACGCCACUUGGGAAGAAUGAAGCAGAGCGUAAGAGGGUUGGAAAGAAAGCAGGCGCAGCUCUGCGCAUAAACAAGAGACCAGCUCUGGUGCAGAAGACUAUCUUGCCUUCAGAGGCUUAUACAGGCUUAAUAACGCAGCCACAUGUUCAAGUUAUGCAGCAGCCCCUUGCUGUUGAUGUUAUUGGACCAGAUGUGAGGACAGGAGGGACCUUGGGGACACAAGUAGAGUGUGUUCAGCCACACAGCUUUCCUCUAAGCAGCAGUCAUACAUCCACAGGACCGCGGCCGUCCACUGUGUUUAACAGCCGUCUGACCACCUCCACCCCAGCACUCAGUCCUCACAGACCCACAUCAGCUCAUAGUCCAGCGUCUCUCAGAGGAGCAGAUGGAGAGACGCAUCACUUCACUCAGCAGUUUGCUGCAGCCGCUGCAGCACCGUCGACUCAACACGGAGCUUUGAGUGCUACAGUUUCACCCCCAGCGUCUUUUUCUGUAGCUCCACCCGUCCAACCCUCCAGUCCUGUUAUAAAUGCACCUCAUGUAUGCUCAGGUGGACAGAACAGUGCCCUACAGUCACACGGUGCACCUCAGAUCUGCCCUUCUCCUCCAACGUCAGCACGGCUCCCCACACCGGUACCCCUCCCCACCCACAUCCUGGUGUGUGACGGUUCACAGGAUCACCAGCUUUCGUCUGGAGAGUGUGCAUCGUCUUCAUCAGAGGAGAGUGGAGACUGCAUGAGCGAAGAGGAUGAGCUGGACAGGGUGGACACUAUGCCAGUCAGAGACACGAGCUGUCAGACCAGCAUCGACACUGGGAUCCUGAAACACCAGUCAGGGAGCCCUGAUAAGACAGCCAGGAAGGUGAUGACCGUCAGAUACCUGUUAGGAGAGCUGAAGGCUCUGGUAGCUAAUCAGGACAGUGAGGCGGUUCGUCUUAUCUCAGAGGUGGAGCAGAGCAUCUCCCUGCUCCCCACCAUGGUGGGCAGCACCAACAUUCAGGCUGAGCUUGCCCUCGCACUGCAGCCACUCAGGAGUGAGAAUGUGCAGCUCCGCAGGCGUCUGAGAAUACUGAAUCAGCAGUUACAGGAACGGGAGAAAGCAGAAAGACGGGCCAGACCCAUGGAUUGUAACCUAGAAUUGGUCUCCCUGCAGUCGCUUAACCUCACACUUCAGACGCAGUUAAGUGAGUGCCAUAAAGAGCUGGAAAACCUUCAGCAGGAGAACCAGAAACUCCGUCAGGCUGUAGAGGAUGGAGAGAAUGAGCUGCAACAGACCAAAGAGCAGUGCCAGUUAGAGACAAGUCGGAUACGCAUGGAUGUGAGUGAGGCCUUAUCUGAAAUGCGAAACUGCCAGGCUAAGCUGGAAGACUGUGAGAGCGAGAAGAUUGCACUGACACACAGCCUCCAGCAGAAGGAGGCAGAGAUCACAAAACUACAGGAGAUCAUCAGAAACUUUCAGAAAAGCCCCAUCCCCUUCCACCUUGCUCAGACAGAUGUUUCCAGUGGCUCAGCUCCUGCGGCACAGCUCACUAAGAGUGCUCUAGAUCAGUAUGAGAAUCAACAGCGAGAACCUACCGUGGUCAACCAAGUCACAGACUCCGUUAAAGCCUACCUUCAGACUCUGGAGGACUCGGGGCACAACUCACCACCUCACCCAGAGUACCACAAACUGUCUCAAUCUGGCCAAUGGAAACGUAGACAAGAGAGCUCUCCUAAAAGCUCAGAUACAGUACACACGUCACUAAAGAACACAGCAGCUGAGAGUCAGGAAGUUGAGAAGAGUGAAACAGCAUUCGUUCCUCUACGAGAGACGGCGAGAGUGCAGCCUGCAGCGGUUCCCCAGAGAGUUCAAGGUAAUGGUCACGGCGGACUGAAAUACCUCGGUCUUGCUUUUAAUAAACUUGGCAUCUCGAAUGUCUUCCCAUCUCUGGAUGAUGAUCGUGGUGCAGAUUUCCUCUCACGUCCUGAUGGUGUGAGAUUGCAGCUGAAACAGCCCAGUGAGGCUGCUGUUAAUCCGGCAGAGCAAUCCCAGCAUGCACGGCGACGUCUGCAUAUGGGCGAUGCAUCGGUACACACAGGACGGCCAUCAGCAUACGAGAACUCUUUUUCAUCCUGUGAUAUAAAAUCCUUAGCUUCAGACCUGAGCGCGAACUCCUGGUCUACGUUUAACACGCGCGAUGAGCGAGAGUUCCGUAAUGGGUUAGCAGCUUUAGACGCCAGUAUUGCCAGCCUGCAGAGGACCCUGAAAGCUGACCUGAAGAGAUGACUUGAUGUCUUAAAACUUGUACUGAUGUAGUUUUAUCCCUGUGUGUUUUAAGUGUUUUAAUCAUGCUAUUAAAUUAUUUUAC